UUAAGUUAGUAACAAAGGGAAAAAAAAAAUCGAGAUUUGAUUUUUUGUGCGCGAAAAUGGGUGCUAUUGAAAUAUUUCUUGUCUCUCUGACGAUUGCAUCGUGUCUCCUCCCUAGCGUUUCCGCUGCAACUAGACACUAUAAAUUUGAAAUAAAAAUGCAAAAUGUGACACGACUAUGUCACACGAAGAGUAUAGUUACAGUAAAUGGACAAUUUCCUGGACCUAGAAUUGUGGCAAGGGAAGGUGAUCGUCUUGAAAUUGAAGUUGUCAAUCAUGUUCACAACAACAUUUCCAUCCAUUGGCAUGGAAUUCGACAAGUUCGUAGUGGAUGGGCAGAUGGACCAGCCUAUGUAACACAAUGUCCAAAUUCAAACUGGCCAAAAUAUUUGUAUAAUUUCACUAUAAUUGGUCAAAGAGGAACUUUUUGGUGGCAUGCACAUAUUUCAUGGUUGAGAUCAACUCUCUAUGGUCCUAUUAUUAUUCUUCCUAAGAAAAAUACUCCUUAUCCAUUUGCUAAACCAUACAAAGAAGUUCCCAUCAUCUUUGGAGAAUGGUUCAAUGCUGAUACUGAAGCUAUAAUUUCACAAGCUUUACAAACAGGUGGAGGCCCUAAUGUUUCUGAUGCUUAUACUAUCAAUGGACUUCCUGGACCUUUAUAUAACUGCUCCACAAAAGAUACUUUUAAGCUAAAGGUGAAGCCUGGAAAAACAUAUCUUCUUCGAUUGAUCAACGCUGCACUUAAUGAUGAGCUUUUCUUCAGUAUUGCAAAUCAUACUCUCCAAAUUAUCGAUGCUGACGGAGUUUAUGUGAAACCAUUUGAGACAAAUACACUUAUUAUUACACCAGGACAAACACAUAAUGUUCUUCUUAAAACUAAGCCUCAUUUUCCUAAUGCCACAUUUUACAUGACCGCUCGACCUUAUGUGACAGGUCUUGGUACAUUUGACAACUCUACUGUUGCUGGAAUUUUAGAGUAUGAAUCAAAAACAAAACUCCAUUUGAAAAAUUUACCGCUUUUUAAACCGUUGCUACCAGCUCUGAAUGACACAAAUUUUGUCACCAAUUUUACUAGUAGAUUAAGAAGUCUCGCAAGUCCUCAAUUUCCUGCUAAUGUACCUCAAAACAUCGAUAAACGUUUGUUUUUCACAGUAGGUCUUGGAACAAGUCCUUGUGAUCAAAACAAAACAUGUCAAGGACCUAAUGGUACAAAAUUCUCAGCUUCAAUCAAUAAUGUGUCAUUUAUAUUACCUACAACUGCUCUUCUUCAAUCUCAUUUCUUUGGUCAAUCAAAAGGUGUAUACAAACCUGAUUUUCCUUAUAGUCCUUUAAAUUGGUUUAAUUACACUGGGAACCCUCCAAAUAACACUCUUGUUCAUAAUGACACAAAACUUGUGGUUUUGCCAUUUAACACGAGUGUGGAGUUAGUAAUGCAAGAUACAAGCAUUCUUGGUCUUGAAAGUCAUCCUCUUCAUCUCCAUGGAUUUAAUUUCUUUGUUGUUGGACAAGGAUUUGGAAAUUUUGACCCUAAUAAGGAUCCAUCAAAUUUCAACCUUGUUGAUCCUAUUGAAAGGAACACUGUGGGUGUCCCUUCUGGUGGUUGGGUUGCUAUUCGAUUUCUCGCGGAUAAUCCAGGAGUGUGGUUUAUGCAUUGUCACUUGGAAGUUCAUACAAGUUGGGGAUUGAAAAUGGCUUGGUUGGUUCAAAAUGGAAAACUUCCAAAUCAAAAGUUGCCUCCUCCACCAAUGGAUCUUCCCAAAUGUUGAGAAUUUAAUUUUGUGCAAUUUUGGUUUUGUUAGUUUGUGGGGUAUCUUUUGUAUUUCCAUUUCUUAUCAGUUCAUGUAUGUUAUUUUUAUUUGAUUGUGUGAGAGAGAGUUAAAGGAUUUUUGUAAAUUCAAAACUCUUACAAGUUUGAAAUCAAUAAUGAGAAUUA